AGAAUUUAGAACUAUGCACUGGGGCUUUGGGGAGGGGAAAAAAAAAAACAAAACAAGAGCUGUUUUUGCCUCCAACUCUAGAAGUGUAGGAGUGUUCUUAUACUUGGUGUGUUGGUUGGGAUGAGGACCGUGAGGGGAAAAGGAAGGGAGAAGGGACUGGCAAUUAUCCCUUAUAAUGCUCUCCUGGUUCUCCAUGAUCUAUUUCUUUGGACAACUCAUAUCUUAGUUUUUUCCUUUCAUCUUAUACAUUAGUAGACUUUACAAUUCAUAAAGCAGUUCCACUUUCUCCUUAAUUCUAACAGCCCAGUAGAUGGGGAUGAUAAUACCAUUACAGAUGAAUCCCAGAGACGUUGUCCAGUCCCACAAAUACUAGGUUUGUGUCCUGGCACCUGCCACCGCCACCUAACUCCCCAAACCUGGUGCUUUCCCCACUAUGACUUCCUCUCAUCACCCUGCUCAAUUUCUUGGUACCAGCUCCUGACUCUACCUCAUUUCAGUCAACACCAAGCACCUGUGUUCUCAGGCCUUGUGAUUCUAGAGAGUAAUGGAGGAGACAGGAGUCAUUCAAGGACCAAGGACAAGGUACGUUUUUCUUUCUGGGGACAAAUUUGAGUCAGUCACUUUUUAAAACAUUUAUUCCUUUGUUAUUCUGCCUGAGAAAAUGAAGUAGCGAACCCUAUAAACAGGAUUCUCAGCAGUACUGAGUACCUGCCAUGCUACAUUACCUAGACACUUUAUUCACUUUAUGUUACUUACACUGUAAAGGCAGGCUCUAUUAUCUCCACAAUACAAAUGAGUCUACAGAAAUAUAGCCAAGAGAAGCCAACUACUUAAUGUUAUACAACUCCUAUGUUCCUCUGUUGAGUAAGGACUCAAAUCCCAGUGUUUGGCUCUAAAGUCCAUGGUACGUUCCACCACACUGCCAAAAGAACACAGCUCAUGGGGUGUGUUAAGUGGUUAAAGACCCCAGUCAAAGGCAACUUGGAAGUUCCUAACGAGUAAUGGUAGAAAAAAAGACGGGGCUGCUAUUCAGCUAAUUUUCUUAGGUUUAUUUACUCUGUCUCUCACAUCUCUAAAAUGAAAAUGAAACUAAGUUUCAGGGAAAAAGGUUGGGAACAGAGUUAGCCAAGAAACUGAAUAACAAGUAGAAGGGAAAGGCAGCCCCUGCUCAUUGGGAGGUAGCCGUGGAAGCUCUGCCUUCUGCGGUUGCCAGGCAACAAAGGUAAACAGCAGGAAGUGGCAGCAUCAUGGCCACUAACUACAGCGCCAACCAGUAUGAAAAAGCGUUCUCACCCAAGUAUCUGCAGAACUGGUCUCCCGCCAAGCCAACAAAACAGAGCAUUUCUUCUCAUGAAGGCUACACUCAGAUUAUCGCCAAUGAUCGUGGUCAUCUAUUGCCUUCAGUGCCCCGUUCCAAGGCAAAUCCUUGGGGUUCCUUCAUGGGCACCUGGCAAAUGCCUCUGAAAGUACCCCCUGCUCGGGUGACCCUGACCUCCCGUACAGCGGCUGGUGCUGCCUCCCUCACCAAAUGGAUACAGAAAAAUCCUGAUUUACUCAAGGCCUCCAAUGGGCUGCGUCCUGAAAUCUUUGGCAAGCCCCAUGAUCCAGUCAGUCAGAAGAAACUCUGGAAGUCUAUCACAAAGACUGUACAACAAGCACCAAGUCCAACCAUAAUUCCAAGCUCCCCAGCCUCAAAUCUCAGUUCCCCGGAUCAACUCCAAAGCUCACACCCCUCUGCAGGUCACACUCCAGGUCACGCGACCCCAGUCAACUCUUUUAACAGCCCACCUGGAAGCCCACGUGUGCUAGAACACUGGGCAGGUCCUAAUCUAGCCGAAGUCCAGAAAUGCAAACCUGGAACUCCAGAAAGGACCAAGGGACCACAGUGAGAAAACCUGUCUAGAGAUCAAAGGAAAUAAGCAACACUCCCCAGUCAGGGAAAUUAUGGGGUGGGGAUAAAGGCGAAUUUGGAAAAUAAACAUCGUUUUUUGAAACUUUCA